AUGGAAGCAGGUGGAGAUAAGGCGGAUGUAAAAAUGUUCAGAGUUUCCAUCAUUCUCACAUUUCAUCUCCAUCAUUCUCAUCUUUAUUCUCCAUCAUUCUCAUCUUUAUUCUCAUCAUUCUCAUCUUUAUUCUCCAUUCUUAUUCCCCUUUUCACUUGCUUUCCCGCAGCCUUGACGGAGGAGGAGGCGCUGACGCUGCCCAUCAUCAGCCCCGAGGACGUCCUUCGCCUCAACAAGAUCACGGAGAAUUACCUCUGCUCUCCAGAAGCCAACGUCUACGACAUAGAUUUCACACGGUUCAAAAUUCGCGACAUGGACACCGAUACGGUUUUGUUUGAGAUCGCGAAACCUCCGCCACAAGAGACCGAGGAGGGCGACGCCAGCAUCGACCAGGAGGAGAGCGACCCCAACGCCGGCCGCUUCGUCAGGUACCAGUUCACGCCGCAGUUCCUCAAGUUGAAGACCGUCGGAGCCACGUGAGUACUGGCGCGUUGCCCUU